GCCAACACAAAACAAACAAACAAACCCCACUUUUAUUACUUACUUAAACCCCUCAACCUUCACUCCCAACAACACUCUUCUUCAACUCUCACAUUUUUCCUCUGUUUUCCUUUUUUCUUGAUUUUUUCUACUUCAAUCAGCAUUAAAUUAAGACCCCAGAUAAUAUUUUCAACAAUUAAGGCCAAAAAAUCAAAAGGGUCAAUUUUAUUUUGGGUUUUUCUUUGUGGGUUUUUUUUUUUUAUUGAUUGAUUGAAAAUGGGGGACGAAGAAACCCUAGGAUUUGGGGAUUCAGGAAAAUUGAAGGGUGAAAUUGAUACUUCAGCGCCAUUUGAGUCUGUUAAAGAAGCUGUCACUAAGUUUGGUGGGCUUGGAUUUUGGAAGCCUGUUUCCAAUUUACAUAAAUCCACUCAUUCUUUUCUGCCGGGUGAUGUGGAGGAAAUUGAUGUAGCAAAAGUGGAAGAACAAGCAGCCGAAUUGGAGAAAGAGCUGAUCUUGAAAGAAAAAGAUACAUUUGAGGUUUUAAAAGAACUCGAAGCAACCAAGAGGAUUGUUGAGGAACUCAAGUCGAAGCUACAAAAGGAAGAAUUUGAGGCCCAAGUGAAUGUUAGUGUUGAUGAGAAGCCAUCUGUUGUGAAAGAAGAAAAAGAAGAGGAAGAGAAGGAGAAUAAUCCUAAUCUCUCAGCUCAGAAGCUUCCAGAAGGUUCAAACCUUGUACCAUCAUCAACCCCGGGUUUGAUAUUGAUGGAACUUAAACAGGCUAAGUUGAACCUUACCAAGACAACGAGUGAUCUAGCUGAAAUUCGAGUAUCUGUGGAAUCUUACAACAAGAAGAUAGAGCGAGAAAGGAUGUCCUUGGAGAAAACCCGUGAAAGACUGAGAUCGAACACAUUGAAGGUUUCUUCUCUUGAAGAAGAGAUAAACCACAAAAAAUCUAUAUUGGAAGAUGCCAGGGAAGCUAACAACGGUAGCAAGGACAUUGCAGCGGAGCUUCAACGGUUGAGCGAUGAGGCAGAAGAUUUCAAGAAGAAGGGAGAGACUGCAAAGUCUGAAGUCAUGAAGGUCAUGUCAGAGAUUGAACAAACAAAGGCUAAGGUAAAGACAGCCGAGAUAAGAUUGGUUGCUGCUAGAAAAAUGAAGUUAGCAGCGAAGGCUGCUGAAGCUGUUGCUCUUGCUGAGAUCAAGGCUAUAGAGCAGAGCGAGAAUUCAACUACUGAGGAAAACCUGGAAAAAAUAACCCUUACUCUUGAAGAAUACUCUUCCUUGAAAAGCAAGGCUCAAGAUGCCGAAGAAAGUUGCAAUAUAAAAGCCCUUGAGGCAGCACUUCAAGUUGAUGAGGCAAAUGUAUCGAAAAUGGAUAUUAUGAAGAGGGUAGAAGAAGCCAUGGACGAAGUUGAAACUUCUAAACAGGCAUUGGAAGAUGCUUUGAACCGAGUUGAGGCUGCCAAUAGGGCUAAGCUUGGUGUUGAGGAGGCUCUUCGGAAGUGGAGAUCUGAGCAUGGAGAGCGAAGACGUUCCAUACAAAACUCAACCAAAUUUAAGAAUCCUUGUCCUUCAAACCGAAGGAGAGAUUCUUGGGUGCUUGAUGUGAAUGGUGUUAAUCUAGUAAGUGAUGCGAAAGCCCCAGUCUUAAAGUCAACUUUGUCAAUCGGGCAAAUACUUAGCCAGAAGUUGCUCAUCACCGAAGAAUAUGAAUCAGGGAAAAGUAAUGUUAAACGGAAGGUUUCAUUGGGUCAGAUGCUCGGGAAACAGAAUGCUGUCAUAUCCUCUGCUUGGAAGGUUGAGAGUGACUGUGGGGGUUCUCAAAAACAGCUGCCUGCCAAAAGGAAGAAGCUUGGAUUCGGUCGAUUUUCAAUGCUUUUGCCCAAGCAAAGCAAGAAAAAGAAGAAGCCCACUUCCGCGGCAAGGUAACAAAAAUGCAAUACAAGAAUUGCUCGUUAGUUUAUGGCAUAUCUGUAUGUUUAUGUAUUACCAUUAUGUUUCUUGUACUAUAAUUCUAAUUGUCUAGAUUUACUACCUGUCCUUAUGUCUCUAUUGAGUACUUACCAUGUAUUAGCUCGGGCCAUGCUUCUUUGUAAUAUAAAAGCUAAGCAUUCUUAUGUUA